AUGAAUGCCGCAGGAGUGGCUGGAGGUCCGGUCGGUGGUGGAAUGGUCAUGAUGAAUAGUGGCAGUCCAGCAAUACCGGCCAACAGUGGCGUCGGCAGCGGCAAUGGAAUGCCAGCAGAGCAUAUCAAGACCCAGCUGAACACCUACAUAUACGAAUAUUUCCUCAAGCUCGGCCAUUAUGACAUCGCCAGAAGCAUUCUCAACGACAAGAAUGUCACCAUUCACACAAGGCCACCGGUCAAGCAAAGUCCCGGUCGUCGCAAGGAUGGUGAAGUAAAUGGCGUUGAUGCAGAUGCAAUGGACACUGAUCUUAAAGACGACGUUCCGGAUGACCUACCUCGUCCAGGCCAUCUGGGAGAAACAACCAUACCAGGCAUCGGAUUCCUCUUCGAAUGGUUCAGCAUCUUCUCCGACUUGUUCUCUGCCCACCGAGGUGGCAAGGGUCCAGCUGGGAACAUGGGUCCCGCUGCUCAAUAUUUGAUGCAACAUCAGAACAUGCAGCGUAUGAGGGAAAGUCAGCAGAACCAAAACCUCAACCGACCUGGAAUGAUGAAUCCAAAUCAAUUUGCCAUGCGUGCUAACAUUGCGGCGCGGAACGGAAUGAUGAAUGGAAACAUACCUAACGCGAACAAAAUGACACCUCAGCAGAUGCAGCAGUAUAGCAAAGCCCAUAUGCUCCAACAACAGCAACAGAUCCAGCGAGAGCAAGGCGAGAUGGACAUGAACGGCCGUGGUUCGUCACCGGCAGAAGGAGAAAACGGCGGGUCGCCCUCGAAGCGGCCACGACUGGAGGGCCAACAAUUCAACGGAGCUAUGAUGCCAAACGGGCGUCCAGGAAUGCCUGGCGGUGUCGCGCCUCAAGGCAUGAUGAUUCAGAAUGCUUUCAACCCCAACAUGAACAAUGCUCAAUUCAGACAAAACGGUGCCAUGCCUCAGAAGCCCAUGCAGGUGAGUCAUCACACAGCCUAUCUACCACAAGCUGCUGAUCAUUUCCAGGUUGGAAUGGCGAAUGGGAUGAUGAACAUGGGCAAUGCCGGAUCUCCCAUGAUGCAAGGAAUGAAUCCCGCCCAAUUCGCUGAUGGCAUGCAGCUGGAAAUGUACAACCAGAGAAUGGCUGGCCAGCAGAUGCAAGGUGCUCCUGGUGGUGGUCAGAGUGGCAAUCAUGCCUUGCAAGAUUAUCAGAUGCAGUUGAUGCUGUUGGAACAGCAGAACAAGAAACGCUUGAUGAUGGCAAGACAAGAACAGGAUAACGCGGUUAACCGAGAUGGCCAACCCAUGGGUAUGCCUGGAGGCAUGUCGCCCUCAGGAAGCGGUCGGACUGGUAAUUCUCCCAACCCAGUCGAUCAAAUGAAGCGAACUCCACAGAUGGGUGGUCUGCCUGGCUCCCCGUCUGCCGGUGAUAUGGCAGGACGCUCUCCUGCUGGCAUGAACUUCAUGAACGGCAUGCCCACCGGCGAGUUCAACCCAGCGAUGUUCAUGAAAGACGGCCAGACAAUGGUCGGCCCUGGAGGUCCUAAUAUGCGACCGCCGACAUCCAUGGAUGUUCAAGCCAUGGCCCGUCAAGCACAACAGCAAAAUCGCAUGAACAAUCAAUUCCAGGGCGGUCAACCGAUGAUCCAACAACCAUCCCAAGGCCAGCCGCCACCAAUGGGCACACCUGGCCAGCGGAAUGAGAUGCCACCACCCCAAGCACCAGCCGGCAACAAUGGACAGCGCAAUCAACCAGGAUCUCCCCAGAGUGGCAACGCACCACCGACACCAUCGACGACGAACAAAGCAGUACCCAAGUCGAAGAAGGCCAAGGAUGACAGCAAGAAGCGUACCGCGAAGAAGCCUGCUGCUGCCAAUGCAGCUAGCACAGAAAAUGAACCUCCUGCAACUCCAACGCCCUCAACGCCCAUCACGCCGGUGCAUCCAGGACCAGGAUUUAACUCGGGCGGUAAGGCUACAGCAGCUGUCACCAAUCCCAACCAAGCGCCACCACCAAGUCAGCCCAUGCCUCCCAGCCAACCAAUGCAUCAACCCGACCUCUCACAAAACGCUUUCAACGACUUCGGCGGACCUGACCAAAACUUUAAUUUGGAUUUCAGCACAUUAGAAAAUAGCGACGUUUUGGAAAAUUUCGACUUUGACAGCUUCCUCAACACAACCAACGAUGACACAUUCAACUUCGAUGGAGGUAUUGGUGUUGGGGGUGACUUCGGUCUAGAUGGGACGGGAGAAUAG